AUGAACGCCGCGUUCAGAUCACUCGAGGUGGAAGAAUGGCAGGACGCACGCGGCUGGGACGAGAGCCCAAGGAAGAGAAUGCGGUCAAAUUCCAACGGUGACCAUGUACAUUCACACAUUCACUCGUCCGAAGAUCACGAGCACGAGCAUGACAACGAUGUGGCUCGACACAAGAUCAUGGUCUCUGCCUCUACCGCCAAAAUGGCCUCAAAUGCCGUCGCACCCUUCCUCGCGAAGCACGUACCGACUCAGUAUGCCCCAAUUGGCGGUGUCAACCAGAAACAGAUCGAAGUCGAGAAGACUGUGGACCCCAACUCGAAGUAUUGCUACCGUCAUCGUCCUGAUAUGCUCUGUCGAAAGCAGGCCGACGAGCCAACCAUGGAGGCUCUUCAGAAAGACCUAGAAGCAAUGCCGGAGGAAGAUCGCCAGGGUAUCGUCCAGACCUGGUCGCUGUUCUCUGCUGCUCCUGCCAAGCACAGAAAGCUUAUGCUGCAAGGCAUUCUUGCGCAAUGCUGCUUCCCUCAGCUCUCAUACCUCUCGGCUAACGUCCGCGAACUGAUUCGCAUCGACUUCUUGGCUGCUCUCCCAGCUGAGGUAUCGUUUCGGAUCUUGUCGUUCCUCGACACGACUUCACUGUGCAAGGCUGCUCAGGUCUCUUCGAAAUGGCGUCAAUUGGCUGAUGACGAUGUCGUGUGGCACCACAUGUGUGAGCAGCACAUUGAUCGGAAAUGUACCAAGUGCGGAUGGGGUCUGCCAUUGCUGGACAGGAAACGACUACGUGCCACCAAACGACAGAUGCAGCUACGAGCUGCCGGCAGGGGUCUCAACGAAUGGUCGCCCGCAAUCACACCCAUCCCAGAGGAAGACCUCCCGCUGGACGCAGUAACGGAUCUCGAGAAGACGUCUGAUGGCAGAUUGUCGCCAAUUUCUGUCCGCCAAAAAUCAAGUGCAGGAGAUGUCGAUUAUUUCAAGAAGACAAGGCCAUGGAAAGAUGUUUACAAAGACCGCUUCAAGGUCGGAACCAACUGGAAAUAUGGUCGCUGUAAUAUCAAAGUCCUCCGUGGGCACAGCAAUGGCGUCAUGGCCCUGCAAUUUGUCGACAACAUUCUCGCCACAGGCUCUUAUGACUGCACAAUCAAGAUCUGGGAUCUGGACAACGGUGAAGUGAUCCGGACCUUGACUGGUCACCGAUCCGGCAUUCGCUGUCUACAAAUUGACGACACAAAGCUGAUCUCAGGAAGUCUGGACAAGACCCUCAAGGUCUGGAACUGGCGUACUGGAGAAUGCCUCGCAACCCACUACGGUCAUACUGAAGGUGUCAUCAGUCUUCACUUCGAUCAGAAGCUUGUCGCGUCUGGCUCGGCAGACCACACAGUUCGUGUCUGGAACUUUAAGGACAAAGAAGUCUCCAUAUUACGCGGUCACACUGACUGGGUCAACUCAGUCCACAUUAACUCGGCAUCACGGACGCUCUUCACCGCUUCUGACGACUGCACGGUUAAUUUGUGGGACUUGGACACACACAGAAUCAUUCGGACCUACGAAGGUCACGUGGGACAUGUCCAGCAGGUCAUACCACUGCCUCCUGAAUUUGUGGCCGAUGAUCCUGUCGACGAUCACAUUUCGACCGACAGCAGAUCCUUCGACGAUGGUCAUGAGGAGCAGCCAGAACUUCGCCGCACUGCCUCGGUCGAGUCGUAUGCUGCUCUGUUUCCCAGCCAGCCAGAUCGGCCGCUACCGCCACGCUAUAUCCUGACCUCAGCGCUCGACAACACAAUCCGCCUGUGGGAGACUUCUUCUGGUCGAUGUGUUCGCACCUACUUUGGCCAUGUAGAAGGCGUCUGGACAAUCGCUGCAGAUACAUUACGCAUCGUGUCUGGCUCGCAUGACAGGACUGUCAAAGUCUGGGACCCGAGAAGUGGUAAAGCCGAGAAAACAUUUGUCGGACAUGCUGGCCCAGUGACCUGCAUCGGUCUAAGUGACGGGAGAAUAUGUUCAGGAGGAGAAGAUGGCGAGGUCAGAGUGUAUGACUUUGCAGCUUGA